GAAAGGUUCAUUGUGUAGGUUCUUAUCUGUCAGAAGACUUUUUUUUAUUUUGUUUCCUUCUUAUUUACUUACUACUCAUAUUUUAUUGUGGUAUUAUUAUAAAUUCUUAUCCUGCUGUGAUCAUUUCAUUAUAAAUUCAGUUUGUUGUAUUGUUUAAUCAUUACAUCGUUUAUUAGUUCUUACGUAGAAAACUGUUGUUUUCUAGUUCACUUCUUUGUGAUUUUAUAUAUUUGUGCGAUUUGUGAUUUUGUUUUGAUUUUUCGAGAGAAAUAUUUUUUUUCAUGUUUUGAGUUCUUUGGUUAUACGAUCUAUUGGCAAAGUGCUGAUAUUUCGAUUCUUCAUGAUCACAGUUUAAAAAAGAGUUGCCUACUUCUCAAAAUGCUGCCAGAAGAUACUGUAAGAAGACUUUAUAAACAAUUUCAUGAAUUAUGUCGAGCUCUUAACCUAGAUAAAACGUCAUCUGCAGAAGCUUGGAGAUCCUUUAAUGAAAUUUAUGAACCAUACAUGUUAGCUGGUGAACCUCAGCAUUGGAUGGGUUGUGCCUUAUAUGUUGCUUGUAAGACUGCUACUGUUGCAACAGUAUCUAAAUCACCAGUCAUCAUUCAAGGUAAUUUAGUUAAUUUGAAAGGGCUUCUAAAAUUAAUUGAUUUGAGUAUUGUUGAUUUUUUCAAGUAUAUUAGACGAUGGGCUAACUUCGCAAAAUUAUCUGUUGAAUUUUUGAGAAGCCUCGAUCAAUUUGAAAGAGAUUUCACUGUUUCCAUGGUCCUGUUUAAGAAGUUUCAACCGAUUUUCAAGGAUAUUUUUUCAGAAAACAAUGCUGAUAAUGCCAAAGUGAAUAAAAAUAAAAAACAGAAAAAUAAUCAAAUACCUUUGAUAAGAAUAUUUGAUUUUAGCUGGACCUUAUUCAUAUGUGUGAAAUCAAAUUACCCUAAAAUCAGUGAUGAUCUAGUUCUUUCUUAUCAUUUAUUGUUGGCUUGUUUUGAUUUUAUAUAUGCCAAUGCUUACAUGAGUGGGAGAAAAGACAUAAUAAACAAAGAUUUUCCUGAUAAUCUUGCUCUCAAAAGUCGGUUCCUCAAAUUGUCCGAUGUACCAUGUGUGCUUGAUGUACUAUGUUCUCGUCAUGAUGGGAAGCCUGUUGAUGCAAAAUCCAUCAAGGAAUACACAUGGAGAAAGCAUAUUAAGCUACUGUUUGAAAAGCGAAUUCUUAAAGGCAACAAUAUCUUGUUAUCUGAAAUAUUAGAUGCUAAUUAUUUUGAACAGAAUUUCAAAUCAGUCAACAAAGUUUAUGAAGAAUAUGUUUUGAGCGUUGGCACAUUUGAUGAAAGAAUAUUUUUAGGUCGCACUAAUAAUUCCUGCACCAUUGAAAGUCUUACAUGCAAUAAAUUAUGUGAAAUAUCUGAACAAUUAGAAGCUAAAAGGAAAAUAAAUACCCAGAACAAAAGCCCUGGUAUUUUGAUGACACCUUUGACAUGUCGACAGUACUUGAGGAAUAGUGACCGAACAACUUUCUGCCCUUUGCGUAGUGAAGUUCAAAAUUUUGCAUUACUACAGACUAUUGUUGGAUUCAGAGAAGCUUAUCCAAGCGAAGAUUUAAGAAAAAUUAUUGACUCUUGUGAAAAAAGACCUGUUAUAGAAGAAUAUGUAAUUGUACUUGCUACUCAAGUAAAACAAGCUCUAGAAGGUGAAGUUAUUGGUAAAGAAUUCCCUGAAAAACAAUGUGAAAUAGUUAUAAAAUUAUUUUAUAAAUUAAUAGAUUCUAUAUUACCCGAAGAAACCAAAAAACCUGCUUUUGAUCCAAACUCACUCUUAAAUCAAGAAGUAUUUAUUAAGACCUUAUUUGCCUGUUCCUUUGAAAUUGCUGCAUUUCUGUGCACAAGUGCACAACAGUAUCCCUGGAUUGCAAAUGCUUUAAAGUUGCCUCAUUAUUAUUUCUACAAAAUAAUUGAAGUAGUUGUAAGAGCAGAAAGCUCAUUGAGUAGAGAUGUUGUUAAGCAUCUAAAAACUAUUGAAGAAAAAAUUUUAGAUAACCUUGCCUGGAAAAGAAACAGCCCUUUAUGGAAAGCCAUAAUUGAAUCUGGACAAGGAGUUCCUUGUAGUGAGGAUGUUAUGCCAGAUAAUGAUUCUACGAUGAAAUCUGGUAUUGUUGAUUUCAAUGUUGACAGACUGACUGUUUUAGCAGGAAAAGAUAGUGCUUUAACUAAUUCUCCUGGUACACCUCUAGCUGAUAAUUUUAAAGCUUCUCCUCAGAGAAUAAAUUUCAAGAGAGUACUCACUAGUGAAAAUAUGAAUGAUAUUCAAAGUGAAACUGCAUUUAAAAUUAUGAAGAGUGAACCCAAUGAUGGAGCUGCUUCUGUUCUUAUUUCUAAACAACUCUUACAUCUUAAUGAUCAUAGUUUUGAAGUUACUAAGCUCUCAGACUCUGCAGUUCAUAAAGAAAAUAAACGACCUCGACGGACUGGGCCAGUUGCAUUAUUCUUUAGGAAGUUUUAUUAUCUUGCUUCUGUCAGAAUGUUGGAUUUAUGUGACCAACUUAAACUUAUGCAGGUUGAUGUAAGGCAAAAAAUAUGGACUUGUUUUGAAGAAACAAUUGUCAAACAUGUUGGUCUAAUGUUUGAGAGACAUCUCGACCAGCUCUUAAUGUGCUCCAUUUAUGUUAUUUCUAAAAUUAUAGGAAUAGAACUUGCUUUCACUGAUGUAAUGAAGUGUUAUCGAAAUCAGCCUCAAGCUUUAUCAGAUGUUUAUCGCGAGGUAUUAUCAUCUCCUGAUUUUUCUCUUGAAGAUAUAAAAAAUUUAAAGGACUCAGAUUUAACAGAUAUAAAGGAAGAACGAAUUGAUAUUAUUAAGUUUUACAAUACUAUUUAUAUAACCAAAGUUAAAUCUCUGGUCAGAAAGUUCAAUUGUUCUUCGGAUACGGAUCGAAUAAUUUUAUCUCCUAUACCCCAACAAGUUACCACACCACCCAAUACUAGAAGAAUAUCUGAAAAACAUAGUUUAUAUUUGCGCUCAUUUGAGCUGGAUAAAAAUGGAGAAAAUUCUCCUAAUAGUGCAUCUCAUUUAAGCUACAGGUUUAGCCGCAGCCCAGCCAAAGAUCUUAGAGCCAUCAAUAAUAUGGUCUCUAAACCUGAUGUAUUUAGGGUGGGAAAGAGACUUCUUGCUGAUGAUGAUGAGGAGAAGAACUCUUCAUAUAGCUUGGCUUUGGCUAAAAAAGUUAAAGGCUUAUGUGCUGAUAGAAUAACUGCCGGAGUUCAAGAGCAGUGAGGGUGUACUAUCAAUGAUAACGUUAAUAUGUAAAUUAAUUAUCAUAUGUAAAAAUCAAUUAAUGUUAUUAAUAACUGUUAAAAAAUGUUAUACAAUAAUGUUUUAUAGUAUUUUUUAAUCUGAAUCAUUGAUUUAUAUUUUUUCUGUACAUGUAUUUUUGUAAUUUUUUAACAAUGUUUAUUUGUUAUGAGUUCUACAUUUUCUGUUGGGCAGUUACAGAUUGAGUUGUAAAAAUUUUAUUAGGAUUUUUCAAGUGAUAUAUUACAGUGAAUCAUGCUGCUUGUGUGGAACUCGUAAUGAAUUCAUAUAAAUAAUGCAUAUUAUUUUUAAAUUUGAAAUAAAUGUAUAAUAGAAGUGUGAUUUUCGUCAAUUUAAUUCUAAAGGCAUUAUAUAUAAAGACUGUUGUUUGAAAUUGUAUCUAAUAUCCUAUUUAGUUGUUGUCCAUCAUACUUUUAAAUUUUUGCUUUAGGGUAAGCACAUUAGGAAAAUUGCAUAGUAAUGGGUGCACCUUAAAAUCAAAUUAAUCGAUCUCAUUAUUAAAAAAAAAUUGUAUUUUCUUAAUUUUAAUGAAUUCUAGUUUAUGUUAUUUAUUGUGGUUAUGUAAGAAUCGAAAUUGACAAAAAAUUUAAGUUAUUACAAGAAUACAGAAUAAAUAGUUUUUGCUAUUUAGCCAAUCAUUUUUGCUGAUAUUAUCUUUAAAAAUAA